AUGGCAACGAACGCCGAGUCCAAAGGCGUCGGUGAAGUCAGGGUUCCUGUUGAAGAGGUCACGACGGAGUCCGGCGGAGCAAUGUUCCAAGCUCGUUAGUUGUGGCUAGGACCUUCUCACCAACCCGAGCGUGAUCGACCCGUGUACUGAUGUUGUAAAUGCUCUCCUUGCUGCAGCCGUCCCUACGAACGAGCAGCGUAAUGGUGUAACGCUUGAAGAAAUCAUCGGUGGCACGCGCUGCUCCCCGUUGACCCUCAAGGAGUUUGAGGGCUUUCUCAUUCAUGUAGGUCGAUGAUUCGACCCUCUCUUCAAGAGUACCGAAUCGAGAUCACUGACCCGGAUUAUGCACCACGUGUUUGGCCGUGACCGCAGGAGGAACGUUCCGUCGAAAAGUAAGUUUGUCUCGGCGAGCCUGUUCGUUGAAGUGGCGCGACGGUCAUCGGCCGGCCCAUGACCACUCCACGGUGCACGGCUACGCUCAGUGACGUCGAUGCCGUCCGUGUGACCGUGGGGCAGUGCGGACCUGUACAGAUCGCGUCAGAUUUCUAGCACCAAGUGGGAGGGAGAAUCAAGGCUGACCAAGUGGGAUCCUCCUCGCAUCUCUGCAGCCUCCAGUUCGUCGUCUGGUAUCGCUCGUACUGCGAGCGCUUCAACGCGUUGCCGCCCGAAUACCAAGCGCUCUCCGAACCCCCCGCCGAGCGCUACGCCCAUUUCAGCACCCCGGCGGGCUCGAUCCGCACGGCGCAGUCCAUUAGCGAGAAGGAUGGAUGGUGGGAGAAGCUCCGAGGCCGGGCUCGUUCCAUCUCGGGUCGAUCCGUGCGCUCACUCGAGGGCAACACCGCUGCGAAUGCGAACUCGUCUGAGUACUUUAGCGAGUCGGCCAAGAUUGCCCAAGGAAAUGGCGACGCCACGAUCGUGGAGAUGAACGGUAUCGGAGAGAAGCCCUCGGAAACGAAGGCCUCGGAGGAUGACGACAACCUGUCGCUGCAUUCAGCCAUCGCCCCGGACACGCCAAACUUUGCCGAAGCGAGCACGUUCCCAACCACCAACAGCAUCCACAACAAGAACCUCGAGCGAACGCAAACCGGACGCUUUUCGGACGCUUCGUCGGUCAACACGGAGAAGGCAAAGCAACGCUUCGGACUUCGAUUCGCCAAUAUGGCUCCGUUGAUGUCGAUUCGCUCUCGAAAGGAGUUGCCCGCCGACACGCCGUUGCCGUUCUUGGAGGAGAUCAAGCUCAUCCGCUCGACCUUUUUCCUGCCUAGAGCAAGCAAGGUUGGUCCGGGCUAUCUUAAUUUGCGCAAUGUCGAACAGGCAGGAAGGUACGAGCUGACAUGUGGCCCUUACCUCUCUCCAGGAACUCAACAUUGACGCCCGCUUGCGCAAGCACGUGCUCAGAUCCCUACAACCCGUCUCUGAGGACGGUACCAAAGGCGAGCCCAUCACGACGCACCCCGAGGUCUUCAAGGAAGCCGCCGAUCACGUCUACACGCUCAUGGAGCGCUCCUUGCCCCACUACCUUCAAUGGGCCAAGGGAAACACCAACACCCCCAAGCGUUUGUUUUGGACUGGCGUUGGAAUCUUCGAUAUGGGGCUUGGGGUCAUGUUCGCGUGCAUCAUCAUCUACUUUGCUCGCUCGAGGUGGUGGCGCAUCUUUGCUUUCUUCUUCUUCUGGUUUGGUGAGUGUGUCGGCAGGCUCUGCGCUGCCAAUUAUCAUGUUACUGACGAGGAUCCUUCGCUUCUCCUUUCCUCCAUUCUCAGGCUCGAUGCAAACGUAUUCGGCCAUCAAAUAUUUUUGCUCUCAGGUCCACGGUCGAACGGCUCGCCAAUUGUAUCCUUGGGAGUUGACAGAAGCGCUCUCGACCGGCGACGACUUCGCCAAGCCGACGGUGGCUUCGACCUUUGUCAUGGCGAGCAAGAAACCCGAUACGGACUCGGCCGCCGCUGCGACGGAUGCCGCUGCUCGAGCUGCGAAGGAACGAGCCGAUCUCGAGGCGUCUUUGCCAUUCUUGUUCGAUGAAGCCGAGUCGCCCGUGGAGAAGAAUGCGAGUCCUUCGGGGAAGCAGACGACGGAGGAAAAGGAAGGGCAUACGACGACGACGAGGAAGAGGAUUGCGCAGUUCCGCAGUCGGUUUUGGGCGACGCUUAAGACCGAGGAUGGUAAGCGGGUGCCCAUGUUCGGCCCCGAGCGCGUCGUCGAGGACCCCUACAUCAAAGUGAGUCCAGAGGAGGUAGAGGAUUUCACCCAUUGUUCCAACCAAUUAAAGAAUGCCGACCAUGUGCCUCAUUCCUUUGAUUCAGGAUCUUCACGACAAGCAGAUGAAGGAGAUCAUUAUCUUCGGCACGAUCUGCACCAUUCUCUUCCUCAUCAUCAUCGUUGCGAUCCCAGAAAAGAGGCCUUUGUAA